AUGCGUCACACACUGGUCAUUGCGUCUCUGCCGCUACUGCUCAGCAGCGGCGUGUCGGCGAGGCCCCAAAAUGAGGAAUGCAUAUCAACAGUCACAAUCUUCCUCCCAACCUCUACAUCCAUCGUUAUAGCACCUACUAGCACCUCGGACCUCGAUAGCACCACGUCGCAAACUACAGGAUCAAGCAGCCAGACUGCCGGGACAAUCACGCAGGCCACCGGUGCAGGAACGCAGACCAGCGGGACAGCGACACAGAACACCGGAACUGCAUCACAGACGGCACCCGAGUCUAGUACCCAAACGGGGACACAGACUUCCGGAGCCGAGACCGAAACUUCCGGAGCCGAGACCCAGACUUCUGGGGCCGAGACCCAGACUUCCAGAGCUGAGACUCAGACGUCCGGGGCCGAUACGCAGACUUCCCGGGCCGGGAUUCAGACAUCUGAAGCAGAACAGCAGACUACAACAGUUGGGUUGCAUUCUACUACCGCAACCCCACACACAACUGGUGGCAGCGGCUCUGGAGGUGACGGUGGCGAUGGCUCGGGAAGUGAUGGCGGCGACGGCUCGGGAAGUGAUGGCGGCGACGGCUCGGGAAGUGAUGGCGGCGACGGCUCGGGAAGUGAUGGCGGCGACGGCUCGGGAAGUGAUGGCGGCGAUGGCUCCGGAAGUGAUGGCGGCAAUGGCUCCGGAGGUGAUGGCGGCGAUGGCUCCGGAAGUGAUGGCGGCGACGGUUCGGGAAGUGAUGGUGGCGACGGCUCGGGAAGUGAUGGCGGCGAUGGCUCGGGAAGUGAUGGUGGCGACGGCUCCGGAAGUGAUGGCGGCGACGGUUCGGGAAGUGAUGGUGGCGACGGCUCCGGAAGUACUGGUGGCGACGGCUCCGGAAGUGAUGGGGGUGAUGGCUCUGGAAGUGAUGGCACCGGCUCUGGAGCUAAUAGUGACGGCAACGGCAGUCAAGGCGAUGGUUCUGGUGACGGCUCGGCAGGCGAUGGCAUAGGCAACAACGGCUCCGGAAACGACGGGUCAGGAGACGGGUCAGGAGGUAACGGAGCUGGAUCCAGCGAGGGAAGCGGAUCAGGAGAAGGCGGGGGCAAUGGAGCCAGCGACAGCGGAUCUGGAUCUGGAAACGGCAACGGCUCCGGCUCGGGAGGUGAUGGAAGCAGUGAGAAUGGUAUGGGUGAUGGAACUGGGGACAGCGGCUCCGGCUCGGGCUCUGGCUCGGGAGACUCUGGCGGCAGUGGAAGCGAAACUGGCGGCGGACCCGGCUCCGGCUCCGGGAGCGGCUCUGAUUCUGACAACGGUUCAGGUGCAGGCUCCGGCACCGGCUCAGGCUCAGGAGGCGACGAAGGCCCAGCCGUUGUCACCUCGGGGGCGGUACAGAUGGGCCUACCGGGGGCACUUUUGGUUGCCAUAUGCGCUGUUGCUGGACUCGGCCUGGUACUCUAA